UUCUCGAAAAUUCCGAACCCGCUAAUAAAAACAUCUCUGAUUACAAAGAAAAAAACACAUUCAGCGCUUUAACGUAGAGCUGAUAUGUGAUCCACUCAUUACUCAGUUAUCAUACAAACCCGCAAAACAACAAUGGCGGCUGCUUUGUCUUGUGCCUUUAGCUGUAACCACUACCAAAGAAAGUGUAAAUUAGUGACUCCAUGUUGCAACAAAAUUUACACUUGUCGUUUCUGUCACGACGAACAAGAAUCUCACACUCUGAAUCGAAAAGCGGUUAAAGAAGUGGUUUGCAUGGUCUGUGGAGAGAGACAAGACGUACGCUACAACUGCUACAGCUGCGAGGUUAAAUUCGGAAAGUAUUAUUGUCUGGAGUGUAAUCUGUUUGACGACGAAGAUAAGGGCCAGUUUCACUGCGAAGGGUGUGGAAUAUGCCGUGUCGGUGGCGGCGAUAACUUCUUCCAUUGUGACGUUUGCAACAUGUGUCUCUCGAUUGGAAUGCUAGGCAACCACAAGUGUGUUGAGAACAGAUCACACACUGAUUGUCCAAUCUGUAUGGAAGAUAUGCAUUCUUCUAGAAGCAAUUUACAUAUACCAAAGUGUGGACACCUGUUGCACGAGACUUGUUUCCAGAAUAUGGACAAGGCAGGACACAAGUUGUGCCCCAUUUGCAAGGAUUCGUUCAAAGUGUGAUGUCUCUGAGUCCGUGUAGGAUUUUAAUUUGUAUGACGUUUGUGGCAGUUUUGCAAUAAAUAAAUGCAUAGUUGUGA